AAACGAACAAGCUUUCCGCUGGCAUGAACUUAGGGGCUUUCAGGUGAUGCCAUAAAUAUUAAAAUCAUCAAUUGUGGAAUUGACUCUUAUUCGAUUGAGCUCCUGUCUUGCUAUCGAUUCUGGGUUAUCAACGAGAUCAGCAACAUCAUGGCUGAACCCGAUGCUCCGCCCGCAACCAAGGGUGGCGAUGCGCUCGCAGACACUCCAUCACUGAAGCGCCGGGGAAGCUCGUCACAACAGUCAGAUACAUCGCAGACAGCAGCCGAAUUCAUACGCGAACAGAUGCAAUUGGAAGCUGAUGCUCGCGAGGCCCUUCCAUAUAGCAUCAAAGACUGUACAAGAUCGCUAGGAUCACUGCGUCAGGCUGUCUUCUCCUGUCUUACCUGUAACCCCCCACCAUCGGACCCCAAGGCUCCGUACGAUGCCGCUGGAGUCUGUUAUGCAUGCUCCAUACAAUGCCACGGCGAGCAUACACUUGUCGAAAUCUUCACCAAGCGUAACUUUACCUGCGAUUGCGGUACCACCCGAUUUUCGAGCACAAGCCCAUGCAGCCUGCGUGUAAACCCAGAGACGAACAGCAAAGGCGUCCACUCGGAGCCUGCAUCCACAAGCAACAAGUACAACCACAACUUCCGCAACAGAUUUUGUGGUUGCGAAUGCGACUAUGAUCCGUUCGAGCAGAAAGGCACCAUGUUUCAGUGCCUGGGCCUCGGCACACAUGAGACGGGAGGCUGUGGCGAGGAUUGGUGGCAUCCUGGCUGCCUCGUGGGAUUAGGCCCGGCAUGGUUCGAAAACAUGGAAGCAAAGAAAUCAGCAGUGAAGGCAGACACCGGAGGUGCUUCUAUAACCAACAAGCCACUCGAAACUAUCAGCGAGGAUGCCGAAGCAUCCAACGGCGCAACCUCUGCCACUGCGGGCACUGCCAAUGCGGAUCCACCUGCCGCAGUGGAAGAAGCGGAGGACGAUGAUCCACCCAUGCCUCCCGGCUUUCCAGAAGAGGAUGCUUUUGAGUCGUUCUUGUGUUACAAGUGUGUCGAUGCGUACCCAUGGGCCAAGCGCUAUGCUGGCUCUCAAGGCUUUCUUCCUCCCGUAUUUAGCAAGCAGACCACCAACGGCGCCGCUCCAACAUUGGAAUCCAGCGCGGUUUCUACCUCAGGACUAGGCUCACAGAAACGGAAAGCAGAGGACGAUUUCGAGGAUACUGCGGAGGUUGAGUCUAAGCGGCACAAAACGGAGGAGCCUGUACCCGCAGUGACCUCGACUGAAAACCCUUCAGAUGUUAAACCGCUCGACAAGCCCGUCUGCAAAAUCAACAGUUUGGCAGCUGCGCCAUCCGACCAGUUUUCUCUCUUCUUCAAAGAGGACUUUCGCGAGCAUCUCUGCCGCUGCGAGGCAUGCUUCCCGCUCCUGAAACCACAUCCCCAACUGCUCGAAGAGGAAGAGACGUAUGAACCGCCAGUGUCGGAGGAUGGCAAUGGCUCCGAGCACGGAUCGACCCAGGGGAGCUUGCUAGAGAUGGGUGAGAGCGCCCUUCGCAACGUGGACCGCGUGCGCGCCAUCGAGGGCGUCAUGGCGUACAAUCACCUCAAGGACAAGUUGAAGAUGUUCCUGCAACCGUUUGCGCAGAGCGGCGAGGCCGUAUCGGCCGAGCACAUCAAAGAGAUAUUUGCCAAGAUGCGAGGUGAUGACGAGGCGAUCAAGGAGGCCGCCGAGGGAGCGAAGAAGUCUUCUGACAAUAGGCGCGAGCAGAGUGGUUAUUGAUUCAACUCGGGCGUGUUCAAGAAUGAAACCUGAUCCGUAUGGUUUUACAACGUAUAGCGGAUCACGUGGAGACGCCAGGUUUAUUGUACUCUGCUGUCAGCCACCAAUCUUCUUUUUGUUAUUAUAGCGCCAACCAGGGCGAUGGAAAGUUAGGUUUACUGUUGAAGAUUGCACCGGUGGCGGUCGUUGUUGAGGAUGACCGCAGUAACAGUCUGAAUAUAAUGGUCUAUCUGAGAACGAACAUGUAUUGCAUUGCUCAAUUCAUGAGCUGUUGUUUAGGAGCUGGCUUCCAUCGCACCUGGUCGAAUUACAUACAUGUCUGC